CGCGCGCCCUGCCGCGCGCCCAGGAUGAAGAUGGUUGGUGCCCUGCCGGUUACUCUCUGGCUGUGUAUGCUUGCCCUCAGCAGCAGCUCUGAACGCUGUGACGACUGGGGUGUGGACACCAUGAAACAGAUCCAGAUUUAUGAUGGAGAACCUGCCAAGAUCAAAUGCCCUCUCUUUGAGACCUUCCUGAAGUACAACUACAGCACAGCCCAUUCUGCUGGCUUAACGCUGAUCUGGUACAGGAUUGGGCAGGACCGGGAUCUGGAAGAGCCCAUUAACUUUCGUCUCCCAGACAAUCGCAUCAGUAAGGAGAAAGACACCCUUUGGUUCUGGCCUGCCCUUCUCAAUGACACUGGGAAUUAUACUUGCAUGCUCAGAAAUACAACCUAUUGCAGCAAAGUUGCGUUUCCCUUGGAAGUAGUUGCAAAAGACCAACACUCCUGUGUCAGUCAUUCCAUAAAACCAACUGAGGAGAUGUUCUACCUGGAGCACGCUAAUGAGAAGAUUAUAUGUCCAGAUAUUGAUGGGUUUUAUCCUGCUAGUGUAACACCAACUUUCAAAUGGUACAGGAACUGCGAGUUGAUUAGUGACUUCUAUGAACGAUAUCCCCAAAAAUUCAAGCUUGUCAUCGGCAUUGUUCGCAGUGUGUAUGAAGGGAAUUACACUUGCAUUGUGACGUUCAAGGACCACGGAAGAACUUAUAAUCUCACUAGAACCAUAAAGAUGAAGGUUGUGGGCUCUCCCAACAAGGCCUUGCCACCUCAGUUCAUCUCUCCAAAUGAGAAGGUUGUCUAUGAACUGGACCCAGGAGAUGAGCUUGUACUGUCCUGUGAAGUCUUCUUCACCUUUUUGAAGGACUCUCGGACUGAGGUCUGGUGGACUAUAGAUGGGAAAAACACAGAUGACAUCAUGGACCCCAAGAUAAAAGUCACACAGAGUGAAAUUAUUAGAAGUUUUGAAGACAAAACUAUCAUAAAGACUAUAACGGUUCCAAAAGCCACACCAGAGGACUUGAAACGCAAUUACACUUGCUAUGCCAGAAAUGCCAGAGGGGAGAACCAUAGCCAGGCCGUAGUGCGUAUGAAAGUUGUGCCACCAAAGUACACCGUGGAGCUGGCCUGUGGACUGGGAGCGACCAUCCUGCUCGUUGUGGUGCUGAUAGUCAUCUAUCAUGUUUAUUGGCUUGAAAUGGUUCUCUUCUAUCGGGCUCAUUUUGGAACAGAUGAAACCAUUCUAGAUGGGAAGGAGUAUGAUGUGUAUGUGUCCUACGCACGAAAUGCAGAAGAGGAGGAAUUUGUGCUGCUGACGCUGCGGGGAGUCUUGGAGAAUGAGUUUGGGUACAAGCUUUGUAUCUUCGACAGAGACAGCCUCCCUGGGGGAAAUACCACUGAAGCCGUUUUUGACUUCAUUCAGAGGAGCCGUAGGAUGAUUGUGGUCCUCAGCCCCGAUUACUUGACCGAGAAGAGCAUCAGCCUGCUGGAGUUCAAGCUGGGCAUCAUGUGCCAGAACGCCAUCGCCACCAAACUCAUUGUGGUGGAGUAUAGGCCGCUGCAGCGCUCCCACCCCAGCAUCCUGCAGCUGAAGGAGUCUGUCUCCUUCGUCACGUGGAAGGGCGAGAAGUCCAAGCGCGCCGGCUCGCACUUCUGGAAGGCGCUGCGCCUGGCCCUGCCGCUGCGGAGCCUGAGCGCCGGCUCGGCCUGGAACGAGAGCUGCUCCUCCCAGUCAGACAUCAGCCUCGACGCCGUCCAGCGGCGCCGCAGCCGCUUGAAAGGGCAGCCCCAGGCGCCGGCUGCCGCCACAGGAGCGCCCUCCACGCCCGGGUCGAGAGCCAAGCACCGGGCCAAGCGCUUCCUGGCCUGCCGCUGCUGCGUGACCCACUGCCAUGGCGAGAGCGGACUGCAGCACAAACACGGGCCCGUGGCCGAGGCCCGCUGGGAGACUCAUCUCUGCAAGCCGGGCUCAGGCCGGCCCGAGGCGCAGGGCAUUCCGGACAGGAGCCGGGCAGAGCCCGCGCCGGCGCAAGUGCCCACGCUCGCCCUCUGCCACUACGGUGAUUUAUCGAACAACAACGAUUUCUAUGUCCUCUAG